UCUUGGCGGCAGGAGUUUCGAGGCACCAGUGAUGCGUUACACGCCGUUAUUCGGCGCUAUAUGCAACAGAAGACACCAGAGCCAUACGCCCGCUAUGCUGCUUAUGCUCAGUCCUCGGGUACCGGAAAAUCACGAAUGAACGACGAGUUUGCCAAGAAGAUUAUCUACAUUCCAGUUAACCUAGCGGCGGAUUACACGUUUCCUCCGCCAGACGUUGAAGCUGGUAAUUGGUUCGCAUUUCAUGCAAGCACGCGGGAGCGCUACGAGCACAGAAUGCAAGCUUUUGUCUGUUCUCUUCUUAAAAAUGCUCUAGACCGCCUGAAGACGGUGACUGGCACUCGGGAGGUUCACGAGCGCAUGUCGCUGUUGGCGAGUGAAUUCAGGAAGAAGAUGAGCGAUGGCAUGGAGUUUGGUCAGCAUGGCGAGUACCGAGCGGCAUUCUAUCAGUCGGUGAUUGAAGGUGCCAAGAAUGUGAGUAUGCAUUUUUUUCGUUGUCAUGUACGCUAUGCUUCACGUAUCCGGCCUAGUUUGUCAAGAAGGACAAAUAACAAGACGGUUAAAACCAGCGCCGAGGAGUUGAUUCGCUUCCUGGAUCCGUGGAAGAAGGCGCGCCCCGACGAGCCACUUGUCAUCCUGUGCUUUGACGAGGCUCACAUGCUCACCAUGUCUGUGGCCGGUGAAUACGACUGGACACGAUUCUCAGAGCUACGGCGCGUCCUCCGCAUGAUCGUGGGUUGGCCAAUCUUCACUCUCUUCCUUUCUACAGUCGGCAAAUUGGAACAAUUCGUCCCGCUUCCUCAGCAAGAGACGUCGGGUCGACUCGCCAUCAGAGAGCUGGGCCUGUUCGCACCCAUCGUCCUCACCCCGUUUGAUAUCUUGGCCGAGCGCAUAUCAAAGUCAAACUGGACCCUGCAGCGGGUUGCCUCCACACAUCACAUGGCACAUUUAGGCCGUCCCUUGUUUGCCGCGAUGUACGACGCCGGCGAUGCGGACUUCCAGCAAGACAUCAAAUUUGCGGGCACCAAGUUGUUGCACUCGAAGACACAUCCGUCAUCCCUCACAGCAAUGCAGUCGCUGGCCUGCAUGGGCGUACGGAUCCCAAUCCACUUCCAUCCCACCGUUCCUCCCGAUAUGGUGAAAGAACGAAUCCUAGUAGCUCAGCAUCUACGCCUGCUGCUGUAUGCCGGCCUUGGGUUCACCAGUGUGAUAACCACCUGUGCGUCUGAGCCGUUGCUCGCAGAGGCUGCGUACCGGGUCCUAGGUACAAGACGGUGGUCAGCAGGCGAGGCGGUGAUGAUCGCUCCUAGUGAGCGGGAAGCGCAAAGGUUCUCGCCGCCGUUACAGGCAGUCUCGGAACAUCUCAGGGAUUCUUACCUGGAUCUGGGCACGCGUGGAGAAACGAUCGCCGCUGUUUUACUGCUCGACGCUCGCGAUCGUGCGACUACGUUUCCCCUCGACCCUAACGAGUUACCA